CGUGACAUGUUGCUGCUGGCUUCAACGAGAGCUGCGGGAGACAUUUCUGCUGUGUUUGUCUGUGUGUGUGCCUUUCUUCUUGUUGGCUUCUUCUUCAAGUAUCAAGAUGCUGCGGUUGGUUCCGUGGGAGGUAGGUUGAUGACGGAGGUGGUUGAUGGCUAGUUAAGACUAAGACGGACCGAGAUAGGAGGGUGUAUUGGACCAAAGGUGUUGAUGGUUGGUAGUCGAUGGGACUGGUAGAGCUUGCUUUUUGUCUAUAAGACGAGAGUAGUGAUGAUGAUG